CCUUCCUUCCUUCCUUCCUUCCUUCCUUCCUUCCUUCCUUCCUUCCUUCUAUGUGUCCUACUGAAUUUGAGGCAUCACUGUUAUUUGAAAACUUGACACCCCAGGAGUUGUGGACUCAUUGGAAAUGAGUCAGUCACAUUAGUGGGCUGUUGAAUACUUUCCCACUAUUUAUUUGCUAGAAAUGGUCAGACUCAAAUAAAAAAAAAAAUAAUACUUUUGUGUGGACCCUGUCAGCCCCUGGCUGUGGAGUUAAUUUUGCAAACUGAAUAACCUAAAAAAGUUGAGCUUAGAUUCAAGUGGAAAGUGCUUCAGAUUAGAAAAAUGUGGCACAAAAGCUGUUUUUUUUGUUUGUUUGUUUUUUGGCGAAAACAUUUAUAAAACAUUUGGUGUCAUUUUCAUGUUUGAACAUAUAAGCUGAUGAUAUUUGCCAAUAAAAAUAUUUUUAACUAUAUGCAUCUUUCUUUCUAACAUUAGAGCAUCUUGAUAUUAAAUCUUUUCUGUAUAGUUUUGUUCCUCCUGUUCACUUUGACUCAGGUAUUGUUUUAUGGCUUUACGGUUUAAUUUUUUUUUUUUUUUACUAAUCCUGCCUCAAAAUCCUGAAAUAUUUUAAAAGUAUGGGAUGAAUAUGACAGAAAAUACUUAAAAAGACAUAACUGUUAAUUAAAUGUCAAAGGAUCAUGUAAUGGAUAACCAUGUAACAAUAAUCCAUCCACAAUGACUCAGUGAAACUUCAAAGGAGGCCUGUGACUACAGAUAGGCGAUGAUGAUGAUGAUGAUGAUGAUGGGGGGGUUGGCUUGUUAAUCAUUGAGUCGGUGCAGAGAUAACAUCCGCUGAACAGAUUUUUUUUAUUUCAAUCAUUUCAGUUUUUGUGUUUUCAGUCUCUUUGCACUCGGACAGGCGCACAGACUCGUAGACAACUCAAAGUUUUUCUGUCGCCCGUUUUCACCGUAAAGAUGUUGGCCGUUCAUCUUGUGUCUUUCUUCUUCUCCAAACUUCAGGAGGAUCCUACUAAGAAGGUGGACAGGUUCCUGCACGCCAUGCGUCUCCAGGACGACCAGUUAAUCGACAUCUCAAAACGUUUUCUGGCUGAAAUGAAGAAAGGCCUCUCAGCAGAAAGCACUGCAGCGGCAGCGGUGAAAAUGCUGCCGACGCAUGUCCGCUCCACGCCCGAUGGAUCAGAGAAGGGACAAUUUCUGGCUCUGGAUCUUGGAGGCUCCAAGUUUAAGGUUCUCCGAGUUAAAGUCAGAGAGGAUGUGGGGAUUAGGAAGGGAGGAGUGGAGAUGGAGGAGAAGAUUUAUCCCAUACCAAAGGAGCUGCAUGUCGGCAGAGCUGCUGAGUUGUUUGACCACGUCUCAGAGUCUCUGAAGGAUUUCCUUCAUGAGAAGAACAUCGGUCUGGAGAAAAAGCAUCCAUUGGCCUUUACUUUCUCCUUCCCCUGUGAGCAUCCUAGUUUGGAUCAGGGAUUAUUAGUAAGCUGGUGUAAGAACUACAAGAUCCGAGGCCUUCAGGGGAAGGAUGUGGUCCAGGCCCUCAGACAAUCCAUUGGCCGAGCCGGGGAUAUGGACGUAGAGAUCUUGGCGAUGGUUGGCGACACUGUGGCGACCAUGAUGACCUGUGGAUUUGACGACCAGUGCUGUGAAGUAGGACUCAUCAUCGGAACUGGCACCAACGCCUGCUACAUGGAGGAGCUGCGUCACAUCGACCUGGUGGAGGGAGACGAGGGCCGGAUGUGCGUGAACACCGAGUGGGGGGCGUUCGGAGACGACGGGGCGUUGGACGAUCACAUCACAGAGUUUGACAGAGACGUCGACGCGGCCUCCCUCAACCCUGGGAAGCAAAUAUUUGAGAAGAUGAUCAGUGGGAUGUAUCUGGGUGAGCUGGUGAGGCUGGUUGUGUUGAAGAUGGCCAAACUGGGACUGCUGUUUGAUGGGUGCGUGUCGGACGCUCUUAGGACCAAAGGGAAGAUAACCACCGCUGACGUGGCAGCGAUGGAGGAGUACAGAAACGGUCUGAACAACACCAGGAACAUUCUGACUCACCUUCACUUGGAUCCCUCACCGGACGACUGCAUCGCCGUGCAGCACGUCAGCACCAUCGUCUCCUUCAGGUCCUCCAAUCUGGUGGCUGCGGGGCUGGCGGCCAUCUUAACCCGGAUCGGGCAGAACCGCAAUGUGAGGGGAUUGAGGAUCACAGUAGGCGUUGAUGGCACUGUGUACAAAACACACCCACAGUAUCCUAAACGCCUCCAUAAAGUGGUGCGGCGGUUGCUUCCUGAGUGUCAGGUCAGGUUCGUCCUCUCAGAGAGCGGCAGCAGCAAAGGCGCUGCCCUGGUGGCGGCAGUCGCUCAGCGUCUGACAUCGCAGAGGCGAAAGGUGGAUGAGGCUCUGUCUCUGUUCACGCUGAACCAGCAGCAGCUGCAGCUGGUGAAGUCCAGGAUGAGGGAAGGGUUAGAGGCAGGGUUGAAGAGUAAAGGCUGCUCAGUGAAAAUGCUUCCCUCCUUCGUAUACCACACACCGGAUGGCACAGAGUACGGAAAAUACCUGGCCUUGGAUCUGGGAGGAACGAACUUCAGAGCUAUGCUUGUGAGAUUUAAAAGACAGAAAUCCCGACUUUACCAUAAGAUUUACACAAUUCCCCUGGAGAUAAUGCAGGGAACUGGAGAGGAGUUGUUUGACCACUUGGCUCAGUGUGUUUGUGACUUCCUGGACUACAUGGGGCUGAAGAAAGCUCGCCUACCUGCAGGCUUCACCUUCUCUUUCCCCUGUGAGCAGUCUGGCGUCGACACUGGCACACUGGUGAGCUGGACCAAAGGCUUCAAAGCCACAGACUGUGAAGGACAGGAUGUUGUCAGCAUGCUCCGAGAGGCCAUCAAGAGACGAAACGAGUUCGACUUGGACAUUGUUGCGUUACUCAAUGACACAGUUGGGACGAUGAUGAGCUGCGCCUAUGAGGACCCCCAGUGUGAAAUAGGAAUGAUUGCAGGAACAGGUUCAAACCUUUGCUACAUGGAGCAACUGAAGAACAUUGAGAAGAUCAAAGAGGGCGGUGGCAUCACAAGGACCGACACGGAGGCGCUGGAAGGAGAGGAGGACGAGGACGUUGUGACGGAGGCAGAGAAGUCAGUCCUGGAGGCGGGAAAAUCAAAGAUGUGCAUCAACACAGAGUGGGGCGGUCUGGGUGAUGACCGCUGUCUGGAUGACAUCAUCACACCUUAUGACGCUGAGGUGGAUAUACACUCAGUAAACCCUGGAAAACAAAGGUUUGAAAAGCUGACCAGUGGGAUGUAUCUGGGGGAAAUCGUCAGACAGGUUUUGCUAGAUCUCACCAGAAGAGGUCUCCUCUUCAAAGGAAACGUCACCGAAACCUUAAAAACGCCGGGGAUAUUUGAAACAAAAUAUCUAUCACAAAUAGAGAGCGACCGCUUGGCUCUGCUGCAGGUCAGGUCUAUUCUGCAGCAUCUGGGCCUGCGCGGCACCUGUGACGACAGCAUCGUUGUCAAAGAGGUGUGCGGAGCGGUGUCUCGUCGCGCAGCUCAACUGUGUGGGGCAGGAAUGGCAGCGGUGGUGGAUAAAAUCAGAGAAGACAGAAGACUGGAGCGUCUGAGCAUCACUGUUGGGGUGGACGGGGCUCUGUACAAGCUGCAUCCACAUUUCUCCCAGGUCCUGAAAGAAACGGUGAAAGUUAUGGCUCCGCAGUGCGACGUGACUUUCCUGCCCUCAGAGGAAGGCAGCGGGAAAGGCGCCGCCCUCAUCGCAGCCGUGGUCCGACAGAAGCAGGAGAUGUGACCGUGCGUGGCUGAAGAUAAUAACACUACCCCCUGCUGUUCUCACGGAGGUCUUAUAAAACCUAAGGCAGUCGGCCGUUUUUUCUGAAUCAACACAGAAGAUGGAAGAACUGUAAAUGGACUCUCAGAGGGAAAUACUUUUAAAAAGAACUAGACUUAAAUUAGGUUUUUUUUUUUUUACACAUAUGUGUAAUUUGCUGUGGCAACUUUAGGGAUCUGAGAGGAGCUUAUUUACAGUAAGCAGAAUCUGCCCUUGUUAGCAUGCCCUAACCAAGGUUAGAUUAACAUUUGCUAUUUCUGAAUCUCUUGGAAGGUCGUGUGUUGUUGAUCAGAUCCAAACGGUUUCUGUUUCCUUCCCAAUAAGUUGGUCCUUAACAUUUAACCGGACAUCUUUGUUUCUAAUGAACAAAUGCAACGCUAGAAACAGCAUUCUUACCUCCUGAUGUUUUUCCCUUUUCAUCACAUUGCAACCACCACCAUCCUACAUCAUUAGGAUUUCAUUUGAUAAACUAAUGCAGUGUAGGGCAUAAUUUUGAAGUUGAAGGAAAAGGACACACUGUUUUUAGGGAUUUCUCUAAAAAAAGUCUUAUCAACUAAAGGAGGCCCUCUGUCCGUCUAUUAGUGUGUUGCAUUUACUACCGGCUUUGCAGAUCUGCAGACUUAAUUUUUUUUCUAAAUUCCUAUUUGUAAAAUAGGAUGGAGAGUGUAUAUAAAUAUUAGUUUUUAAGUCUUGGAAAGACGUCAAUGGAUGUUGAUCUGCUUUUAGUUUAUCUGUAUGCUUUGGUCUUCAGUCUUCCAUUGUAGCGCCGGCUGUAUGUUCAGGGUUUUUAUCCUGCUGGAAGGUGGACCUUAACUCCAGACUCAAGUCCUUUGCAGCUUCUAACAGAUAUUCUCCCAGGAGUGCUCUGUGUUACGCUCCAUCCAUUUUCCCAUUAACUGCGACCUUCUGCCCUGCCUCUGCUUAAUACAUGCAUGUUGCCUGGCUUCACCACUAUGUUUUACCAGAGGGGUCUGAGAGUGAUGUGCAGUGUUAAUUUCUUUCACUAUAUAUAGCAAUUUCCCUAGUGACCCCGAAAACAUAGCGAUCUCUCAAAUGUAACCCAAAAAAAGCUAAAUUUUGGAUCUCACCUGACCAGAAAACAACGCUUAGGGAAUUGUUUUUUCCCCCCAUCUCAGCUUUAAACAUCCCCGCAGCUUUAUCCCCGACCGUUCUGCAGAGUUCCUGAGUUUUCAUGAUGCUUUUCCCUCCCUGAUCUUCAUUAACAAUCAUCUGGGGCCUUCAUAGAACAGCUGUAUUUAUACUGAGAAUAAGCACACACAUAGGUAAACUAUAUUUAAUUAGAACUGUGAACGCAUUUUGUUGCACUGGAUUUUAUUUAGGGUUAUCAGAUUAAAGGGGGGCUAAAUGCAUAUGCAAACCACACUUUUCAGAUUUUUGGCUGCACGGGAACCUAUGGUUUCCUUCCCCCUCAUAUUUAUCUGCUACUUUUAUGUUGGUCUUCAACAUAAAAAUACAAAAACAAAAUAAUUUUUUGGUUUUGACAAAAUGUGGAGGGUAUGCAUACUUUUGCAGGGAACUAUAUAAAUCACUGUGAAUGUAAACUAUUUGCCUGUGAA